UCCAUUUUGUACCGAAAUCAUCAGAUACGACUUUCCACUCUUCUUCUGAAGCAGGAAUCUAAAUAAAAAAAUAAAGAAUGUAAUAAAAUAAUUAAUAUGAAUAUAUUUUAUUAAUAAAACUAUUAUUUAUUUUCUAGGAAAAAAUUGAUGAAACCACGUCACGUCAUGAACCAUUAAAAAUGAAAAGGAAAAUAGUAAAUGCUGAAGAAAAAAAGAACGAAUUGCUAGAAUUAGCUUGUAUGCGACUGCAAAAAUCUACAUCAGACAACGAUAUUUUAGCUAAGUCUUGGAGUAUUGAAUUAGAUAAGCUUGACCCAGAACAACAUCUAUUUGCUCAAAAAGCGAUCAACGACAUACUUUUUGAGGCUCGUUUAAAAACACUACAUCGUAAUUCGAUAAAAAUUAAUCAUACAUGCACGUGUUCUGGUACUUCAACACCAAUUUAUUCACGGGGUACACCAACACCAAUUUAUUUACCAGGAAAUUCAAAUUCAUCACAAACCAUUUUCGCACCAGUUCUACAGCAGACUCCAGACAUUACACCCUUUGGAGACACAUACACAACAUACGGUGAACUUCUUUCAGACCCUCAGUACUCAAAUUCAAAUUAA